GCUAUUCUGAUUUAUUGCCUGCUUGGUGAGUUUUUUUUUUUUUUUUUUUCCCCCUCUAAAGGAGACCUGUGUGUUCAGCCAUUACUUUGCUCGGCGCUGCUCACAGGAAUCUCCGACCCUCGGUGCUGUGGGCAGCCCCGCACUUGGGCUCCUCGCCUCUCGCCCUCGCUCCCGUCCCUCCUCCCUCUCUCCGCCCCUUCCCCCUUUUCUUUCUCCGCUCUUUCUUCCCCUCUCUCCCUUCUUUCGGCCGCCGUCUCCCCCGCGCCCUCCUCGGGGCGGAGGGAAGCCGAGAAGGGGGAGGGAGGGAUUGGUGUCAAUUUUUUUGUGCGGCCGCGGCCGGAGCCUGUGGCGGGCAGGCGGCGAGCGGGGAGACCCCGGCGAAGCAGAGCCAUGGAUGGCCCGACGCGGGGCCAUGGACUCCGCAAAAAGCGGCGGUCGCGGUCUCAGCGAGACCGGGAGAGGCGCUCCCGGGGCGGACUGGGGGCUGGCGCGGCCGGCGGCGGCGGGGCCGGCCGGACCCGGGCGCCCUCGUUCGCCUCGUCGUCGGGCUCCGACAAGGAAGACAAUGGGAAGCCCCCGUCCUCCGCCCCGUCCCGGCCCAGACCCCCGCGGAGGAAGCGGAGAGAGUCCACCUCAGCCGAAGAGGACAUCAUUGAUGGAUUUGCCAUGACCAGCUUUGUCACUUUUGAAGCGCUGGAGAAAGAUGUAGCACUUAAGCCUCAGGAACGCGUGGAGAAACGCCAGACCCCUCUGACCAAGAAGAAACGGGAAGCACUUACCAACGGCUUGUCCUUUCACUCCAAGAAGAGCAGACUUAGCCACCCACACCACUACAGCUCAGACCGGGAAAAUGACCGCAAUCUCUGCCAGCACCUCGGGAAGAGAAAGAAAAUGCCGAAGGGACUCAGACAGCUCAAGCCAGGGCAGAACAGCUGCAGGGACAGUGACAGUGAAAGUGCCAGUGGAGAAUCCAAGGGCUUCCACAGGAGCAGCUCUCGGGAAAGGCUCAGCGAUAGUUCAGCUCCUUCCAGCUUGGGAACAGGCUACUUCUGUGACAGCGAUAGUGACCAGGAAGAGAAGGCCUCAGAUGCCACCUCUGAAAAACUCUUCAAUACUGUUAUUGUAAACAAAGAUCCGGAGCUCGGUGUCGGCGCGCUACCCCAACACGACGGCCGCGAUGCGGGGCCCAUUGUCCCCAAGAUUUCGGGUCUAGAGAGGAGCCAGGAGAAGAGCCAGGACUGCGGCAAAGAGCCCAUCUUUGAGCCCGUGGUGCUGAAGGACCCCCGCCCUCAGGUCCCGCCGCCGCCGCCCCAGCCCCAGGCGGAGCCCCCGCCCCGAGCGCCUUCUCCGGACCCCGCCUCGGGGCCUCGCGCCGAGCCCCCGCCGCCGCCCCCCCCGCGCCCCGGCGCCCAGCCUCCGCCCGCGCCCCCGGAGGCCCCGCCGCAGCCCGCGCCGCCACCGCCGCCGCCGCCGCCAGCGCCCCGGCCGCCCCGGCCGCAGUCCCCGGGGCCGCUGCCGCCCCAGGCCCUCCCGCCCGCGCCGGCCCACCCCUCCGCCCAGAGCCUCCCCCAGCCGCUGUCCGCCUACAACAGCAGCAGCCUGAGCCUCAACAGCCUCAGCAGUAGCGGGAGCAGCACUCCAGCGAAGACUCAGCCCGCCCCCCCCCACGCCUCCCCGUUCCCCCUGUCACUGCCCAGCCACAGCCCCCUGCACAGCUUCACGCCCACCCUCCAGCCCCCCGCACACUCACAUCACCCCAAUAUGUUUGCCCCUCCCACUGCCUUGCCUCCUCCACCACCUCUGACAUCAGGGAGUCUGCAGGUGCCCGGACACCCGGCCGGGAGCACUUACUCAGAGCAAGACAUCUUGCGACAGGAACUGAACACACGUUUUUUGGCCUCCCAGAGCGCUGACCGCGGGGCCUCCCUGGGCCCCCCACCCUACCUGCGGACCGAGUUCCACCAGCACCAGCACCAGCACCAGCACACGCACCAGCACACGCACCAGCACACGUUCACGCCCUUCCCCCACGCCCUGCCACCCACCGCCAUCAUGCCGACGCCAGCACCACCCAUGUUUGACAAAUACCCAACAAAAGUUGACCCAUUCUACCGGCACAGUCUCUUCCAUUCUUAUCCUCCUGCUGUAUCGGGCAUCCCCCCUAUGAUUCCGCCCACUGGCCCUUUUGGUUCACUGCAAGGAGCAUUUCAGCCGAAGACGUCCAACCCAAUCGAUGUUGCUGCCCGACCUGGGACGGUCCCACACACUCUUCUCCAGAAGGACCCGAGGUUGACAGAUCCUUUCAGACCUAUGUUAAGGAAACCGGGGAAGUGGUGUGCGAUGCAUGUUCAUAUUGCUUGGCAGAUCUACCACCACCAACAGAAAGUCAAGAAACAGAUGCAGUCAGACCCACACAAGCUGGACUUCGGCCUGAAGCCCGAGUUCCUGAGCCGUCCUCCAGGUCCCAGCCUCUUUGGAGCCAUCCACCACCCCCACGACCUGGCACGGCCUUCAACUUUGUUCUCUGCCGCUGGUGCUGCACACCCACCCGGGACCCCUUUUGGGCCCCCUCCUCAUCACAGCAACUUCCUUAACCCCGGGGCUCACCUCGAGCCUUUUAAUCGGCCGUCUACGUUCACUGGCCUGGCAGCAGUUGGUGGCAAUGCCUUCGGGGGACUUGGAAAUCCUUCAGUUACACCCAACUCAGUGUUCGGCCACAAGGAUGGCCCCAGUGUGCAGAACUUUAGCAAUCCUCACGAGCCCUGGAACCGGCUGCACCGAACGCCUCCGUCGUUCCCGACCCCUCCGCCCUGGCUGAAGCCAGGGGAGCUGGAGCGUAGCGCGUCCGCUGCAGCUCAUGACAGAGAUAGAGAUGUAGAUAAACGAGACUCAUCCGUUAGUAAAGAUGACAAAGAAAGGGAAAGCGUCGAGAAGAGACACUCCAGCCACCCUUCACCAGCACCCGUCCUCCCGGGAAGCACCCUGGGGCACGGCCGCAGCUCCACCGAACAGAUCAGGGCUCAUUUGAGCACCGAGGCUCGUGAGAAAGACAAAUCCAAAGACAGGGAGAGAGAGCACUCGGAAUCCCGCAAGGACCUGGGCGCCGACGAGCACAAAGCGAAGGAGGGCCCGCUGCCCGAGAAGGACGGCCACGGCCACGGCCACGAGGGCCGCGGCGCGGGCGAGGAAGCCAAGCAGCUGGCCCGGGUGCCGUCGCCCUACGCGCGGGUGCCCGCCAGCGACAGCACCAGGCCGGGCAGCGCCGCCAGCCGCGAGGCCGAGCCGCGCAAGGGCGAGCCGGCCUACGAGAACCCCAAGAAGAGCGCCGAGGUCAAGGUGAAGGAGGAGCGCAAGGAAGAGCACGACCUGCCCGCCGAGGCCCCGCAGAGCCACCGGCCCUCGGAGCCGCCGCCGCCGCCGCCCCCCAGCUCCUCGGCCAGCGUGCACCCGGGGCCCUUGGCCUCCAUGCCCAUGACCGUGGGGGUGACGGGCAUACACCCCAUGAACAGCAUCGGCAGCCUGGACCGGACUCGCAUGAUGACGCCUUUCAUGGGCAUCAGCCCCAUCCCGGGCGGAGAGCGCUUCCCGUACCCUCCUUUCCACUGGGACCCCAUCCGGGACCCGUUGAGGGAUCCCUACCGGGACCUCGACAUUCACCGGAGAGACCCGCUGGGCAGGGACUUCCUGCUGAGGAGCGACCCCCUGCACCGUCUCUCGGCCCCCCGGCUGUACGAAGCCGACCGCUCCUUCAGGGACCGGGAGCCCCACGACUACCACCACCACCACCACCACCACCCGCUGUCGGUGGACGCGCGGCGAGAGCACGAGCGCGGCGCGCACCUGGACGAGAGGGAGCGCCUGCACAUGCUCCGCGAGGACUACGACCACCCGCGGCUCCACGCCGUGCACCCCGCCUCCCUGGACGGACACCUGCCCCACCCCGGCCUCAUCGCGCCCGGCCUGCCCAGCAUGCACUACCCGCGCAUCAGCCCCACGGCGGGCCAUCAGAACGGACUGCUCAACAAGACGCCCCCCACGGCGGCGCUCAGCGCGCCUCCGCCGCUCAUCUCCACGCUGGGGGGCCGCCCCGUGUCCCCCCGGAGGACUACCCCUCUGUCCGCGGAGAUCAGGGAGCGGCCGCCCUCCCACACGCUGAAGGACAUCGAAGCCCGGCAAUUCUCGGAACCUUCCCAAGACUCAGCAUCAGCGGGCCUCGCCUUGCUAUUUCUGGCAGACGGCCCAGCUCUCUCCUGCACACCUAUUUCCAGGCCGCCAUCUGCAAUGUGAGACCGGAAGUUACUGUCAAAUCAGUCAUGGAUCUAUUCCCAAAGGCCCUGCUGUCAGAAGCUGAGCCACUGACUGAGGUCAGACUCAAAGCCAUCUCCAUGAAGCCUCCCCUGAGGGCCUGUUUCCUGCUUAUCCCCCCUCUUUGGACCCUCCUAGGGUUGAGCUUGCUCUCCGAGCUCCCCUCCCCCUCCCUCCACUCAGCCCUUCCCCUUCUGGGUUCCACGGGACCCAUCUUCUCUACUGCAGGAUGGUCAGCCCCUCAGGACGUGUGGCCCAAACAAGGCCUGCACUAGGUGGGGUGAGGCCACUCCUGGCUGGUUCCC